UUCUUCGGGCACCCCAAGUUGCCAGCGGAUUACUUUGCAACUCCACAGCUCUGCCAUUGGAGGAGGACCACACGUGACCACGGCACCCUUCUGUUCCAGGUUUAACCCAGGUGAGCAGUUAGAGUGCCCACUGGAGCCCCUGGUUCACUGCCAUGCCAAGGGCAAGCUGGACAUCAAGAGCAGGAGUCUGCUCACCAUUUGCCGCUCAGGAGUAAUUUUUCCCUGGAUGAACCCACGGACAGCUGACUCUGAACAAUCCGGCUUGGCGUCGGGUCUGCCAAGCGGAAGAAGGCUCGGCGUCAGGAGGGAGAGGACGGCCUUCACCAACAGCCAGUUGCUGGAGCUGGAGAAAGAGUUCCACUUUAACCCCUACCUGUGUCGCCCUCGGAGGCUGGAGAUGGCUGCAGGGCUGCAGCUCACCGAUCGCCAGGUCAAGAUCUGGUUUCAGAACCGCAGGAUGAGGUACAAGAAGGAGCAUAAGUAUAGAAAGGUAACAGGUUUGUCCCAGUGGUCUCCCUGCAGCUCGAGCUCAUAUGUGGACCAAGUGAACUUUCAAAGUGUUGGUAGAACUUCUUCCUCAGAGCUGCACUUUAUGGAUUAUGCUCCCAUGUCUUCUUCUCUCGUUGAUGCCGGCAGUGGUCAGUGUGUUCACCCCGCAGACCUGCCCCAUCUGAACUGUGUACUUCCAUCUGUUGCAAACGGUCCUCCGCCCUCCUUUACGGGCGCAGAUAGUCAUCAACAUGCUGGCAUUUCAAACUGGCCCUAGGGCCUCAUAAUGGCUGUACCUCCUGUGCUCAUCAAAAUCUCAAUGAUACAUCCACUUUCACUUACUUAUGAAAGACUGGAGGGUGUCUUAUUAGCAUCCCAGGGUUUAAAAUCUCCGUAACACGCUGCCUGCUCACCAUUCACGAAACACUUCAAUUAGACUAUAUGAACAUAUCUUAAUUAAAGGAGAGCUACAGUGAUAUCAUUUGUG